AUGACUACAACAGAAGGAAUACAGUAUCACGAACAGAAAGCUCGCCCCUAUCAAGCAAUACUGGAAGAAAUAGCAAGUUCAAAAAAUACAAUAAUUCAUUUGCCUACUGGUUCUGGAAAAACUUUUAUUGCUCAGAGGCUUAUAAAAAAGUUCCGUAACCAAUUAAAAAAGCCUUGGGGAGAAGGUGGGAAACGCAGUUUCUUUCUUGUAAACACAGUUCCGUUAGUAAAUCAACAGAAAAAUGUAAUUGAAAUGAUGUGUCCCGUCGACGGUGUUGGUGCCUAUAGUAGCGAAGAUGGGGUAGACUAUUGGAAGAAAGCCGAUUGGGACUCUGAACUGGCACGAAACCAGGUAAUUGUAAUGACCUCUCAGAUAUUAAGUGACAUGCUUACACAUGCAUAUAUAAGAAUUGAGGAUAUUAAUCUGAUUAUAUUUGAUGAAUGUCAUCAUGCUGUGGAAGACCAUCCAAUGAGAGUUAUAAUGAAGCACUUUUUGAAUUGUAAAGCUCACGAACAGCCCAGAGUUCUAGGUUUAACGGCGACAUUAUUGAAUGGGAAUGUAUCAAUAUCUAAGAUCGAGGAAACACUUAAGCAGUUGGAAAACACGUUUCAUGCAACCAUCGCAACUGUUGAUGAUCUUGGUGAAGUUAUGACUUACUCUACCAACCCCCAGGAGUUUAUACAGUACUUCAGGAAGCCUCAAAUGUCGGAAGCAGCUAAGGAAGCGAUAAGUUUACUUAAUACGCUACAAAAUCUUGUGAUGAGUGUUAAGUUGCCUGUCUCUCUGCCAUCAAAAGAUUUUAAAAAGACACCAUGCCAACGAGAUAUUUCGAACGACCCUAACAAGAUUGUGAAGGCGGUAAAAAAUCUUAUAGUAGGAAUGAUAACAAAUCUCGAAGAGAUGGGUUUGUAUGGUGGAUCUUUGGGUAUUCUGGCGUACAUUGUCUUGUUAGAAAGAUUAAAACGUAAAGCAUCAACAAAAGAGGAAAAUUUGUUGUAUUCAACCGUCAUCACCCAUUCCACAGAAGCUCGUAUGAUACUCUUGGACGCCAUGGAAAACGAGACUGGGUACGAUAAAAUAAUAAAACAUUCAUCGGAAAAGAUUUUACAAUUGAUUGACUUGCUGAAGGAAUAUAACCCUUUGAUAUUGGAAAAGCCUGGAGAAUUGUUGAAAGUAAACCACUCAAGAAAACCUCUCUGUGGAAUAAUUUUCACGAAACAAAGGUUUACUUCAAAGAUUCUGUAUAAUAUCUUAAUGGACUUGAAAAAAGCUAGACCGGACGAGUUUGAAUUUUUGAAACAUGAUUUUGUUGUCGGCUUCAGUAUCAAUCCUUUUAAAAGUACAAGGGAAGAACAUUAUUUAAAAAAAUCAUCCCAAAAAGCCAUAUUGGGAUUUAAUAACGGAGACCUGAACUGUUUGAUAUCGACGAGCGUCAUCGAAGAAGGCUUGGACAUACCUCAGUGUGCGUUAGUUGUCCGAUACGAUGCGCCAACCGAAUAUCGAUCUUAUAUCCAAAGCAAAGGUCGUGCAAGAAGUUCUGAAGCCAGUUUCGUUAUACUCGUUGAUAUUGAAGACAAACAGUCGUUCUUAAUAAAAUACAACGCGUUCCAAAAAACCGAAGAACGUAUUCGUAAUCUCAUAGUCGGUGAUGACAGCCGCGCCGCUCCCACAACUCAAGACAUUCAUGAGAACUUGUAUGAUGACGACGAGGUUCCCCCAUACGAAACGUCUAAUGGCAAUAUAUUAUAUUCCGUGUCAGCAAUUAGUUUACUAAGCCGGUAUUGCUCGAUUUUACCACACGAUCAAUUCACAACGAUCACUCCGGUUUGGUUGCAAGAGGUGGUUGAGAACGGAGCUAAAAAACAGGUCACCGUCAUACUUCCCAUAGGAUCUCCCGUCAAAGAAGAAAUUAAGGGUGACCCGUACUCAAAUACGAAAACCGCUAAACGCUCCGCUGCACUGAAGGCGUGCAUUAAGCUACAUGAAUUGGGCGAACUUCAUCCGUUAACAUUACUCCCGUACAAAUACGCGGAAGUUGAUUACGAACGAGAUGACAUACGUGGCUGCUUUCCGAACUGGACUAAAGAUUGCGAGACCGAGAUCAAAGACAAUGUACCCAAGCCUGGUUCCAAGAAACGAAAACGAAAGCAUAAAAUACAGUUCCCGUCACACCUAGACGCAGUACCAGAUAGUUCGGUAUUCUAUCUUCACGUAAUAAAAAUGGAGGCGGCAUUCGAGAAACCCAACGAUAAUCGUGAAAAGGCUUUGUACGAUUUUAUAAAGAGAAACGAAUGCUACGGGUUUUUGACGCAGAAGCCUUUGCCUAAACUGUGCGAGUUCCCAGCGUUCACGUCCGUUGGAGAAAUCACCACGUCAAUAGAAGUCAAUUACGCAGUUAUAAAACUGACCCCGAUUAUAUUCGAGCUAGUGAAGCAAUUCCAUUAUUUUCUAUUCGACCAAAUUUUGGCGAUCAAUAAGAAGUUUCUGAUAUUCGAGGGAACUAAAAACUGCAUGUACGUUGUCCCGGUACUGGAACGUAAUGGAUACAACAUUGACUGGACAACAAUGCAGACUCACCACACGGUGCCACCGGUCGCCGCGCCUUCAGUUGAGGAAAGAAAAUCGCUGGUAGUCACAGAAGAAAACUACACGAAUUGCAUUGUAACGCCCUGGUAUCGCGGGACUAUUCUACCUGAACGGUACGUCGUGACGAAGGUUCUCGAAUACAUGACGCCGAAAUCUCAAUUCGAUGCUGACUGCUAUGAAUCGUAUGCAAAUUAUUAUGCAAACAAAUAUAACUUGGAUAUAUUAGGAAGUGAAAGUCAACCACUGUUGGAGGUGCGUAACAUAAGCACGCGGAUGAACUGCCUCCUACCCCGAGCGGCAACGCUCAAAGCGUUCACAGACAAGCAGCUGAAGAUGAUAUCGAUUGCGUUCGGCGACGAUAAACCGAAGGGAUUUGCAGAGAUAUUUAUACCGGAAUUCUGUAUUAAAUACGAUUACCCAGGAGUACUGUGGUAUAAGGCAACGCUACUGCCCAGUAUUAUUCACAGAGUUCACAUGUUGUUAGUGGCACAUGAAUUGCUCGUGGAAAUAUCAAACGCCACUAAAUACGGGCAACCAAUUUUGAAAAAAACGGAAUCAUUUCAACCGAUACAAGUGGACCGGUAUAUAGCCAUAAAUUCAUUAUUGUCCCAAGUUGAAGAACCACUUCAUGUCCACACUAUUGACAGAAUACACAAAGGCACAGAUGAUUGUUUGAAGAAAGUUGUACCGUUAAAAAAGAGCUUAUAUAAACUGCAAAGAAAGAAAAUCGACAAAGAGUACCCCUGGGAUCAACGAAUCGAACCCAUCGACGUAGAGCGUAACUUGUCGACCAUCACGUUAAUGGACAUAGAAUGUUACGACGAGUUUGUGUCGGCUCCGAUAUCGUCUGCAUCGAACAACCCUUGUUCCCCGCCGAGAAUCGUUCCUAAGGCCCCAGCUAUAGCACCGCCGCCCAUCAAGUACGUUGAUAAAAUCGAAAUAUUAAAGAAGACGCCGACCGGGCGAGGUCCGGAACUGAGAGACGUGCUCGCCGCGCUCACCACGAUCAACUCAAACGACACCUUCGAUCUGGAGCGACCGGAGACACUGGGGGACUCGUUCUUAAAGUUCGCCGCCAGCCUGUACCUGCACCACAAGUUUCCGAACAUGAACGAGGGUCAACUAACGAACAUCAAGGGAAAGCUGAUCAGUAAUAGGAACUUAUAUUACGCUGGUGCGAAAUUCAACUUGGGUGGACGCAUGAAGGUGGAGCAGUUCAGCCCUAGGAGUGACUUCCUCGUCCCAGGUUUCUUUGCGCCCCCUAAAUUGGAAGAAUUUAUUGAACAAAAACAAAUUCGUCCAACAUUCUUAAUCGGCAUACAGUUCACCGAAGAGGAAGUAAUGACCGGUGAAUUAAGUGAAGAAAGCUGGGAAUCUGUGAUGAAUAAUUUCCAAAAUGGCAUCGCUGAGUCAGAACCCGAAGGCUGUGCCCAAAAUUCUAUGCAAUGCUAUGUACAUUCACAAGCAGUUGCGGACAAAUCUAUAGCAGAUUCCGUGGAAGCUCUGAUCGGUACAUAUCUGCUUAGUGGAGGGAUAUUAGCAGCUGUAAAACUACUCGAAUGGAUGGAGGUGUUUCCGCCACAGGAUAAUUUUGCAGACAUGCUCCACAAGCCGGUGCAGACGCCGUUAUCGAAGAAUUUAGCUACCGAAGCUGAUAUUGACUUUUUACUAAACAAUUCGAGAACUGAUGUCGAAAAGAUCCUAAACUACACGUUCAAAGAUUCGACCUUCUUGCUAAACGCUCUCUCUCACUCGUCGUACAUCCGGAACAGACUGACGAGCUCGUACGAGCGCCUCGAGUUCCUCGGGGACGCCAUAAUCGACUUCCUGGUGACGUCGCACAUCUUCGAGAACUGUCGCGAACUGAAGCCCGGCGAAAUGACCGAUCUGAGAUCCGCCCUCGUCAAUAACGUCACGUUCGCGGCCUACACCGUCAAACUUGGAUUGCACAAGUACCUCUGCUCGGAGCUGAACCCUUCGUUGGAGAAGGCGAUAAUGAAAUUCGUCGAACAUCAAAUAGAAAGAAACCACGAGAUUGAGUUCGACGUUCUGUUACUUAUCAGCGAAGUCGAUUGUCAAGUCGCUGAAUAUGUUGAUGUACCGAAGGUGCUGAGCGACAUUUUCGAAGCAUUAGUCGGCGCCGUGUACUUGGACUCGUGCGGGAAUCUGGAGACGGUGUGGUCGGUUCUGUACAAGAUAAUGCACGUCGAGAUCGAUUCGUUCUCGAAACGCAUACCGAAGCAGCCCGUCAAAAUUCUAUACGAAAUGAUACACGCUUGUCCGGUUUUCGAAAAACAAAUAGUCGUCAAUCCGGACAUCCCGAAGGUGAUGGUGCCGGUUUCGUUCACGAAGAACGACCAGCGUCUCGCCGCCUACGGAGUCGGCAUCAACAAAUCGCAAGCGAAGAGGGCCGCCGCGAAAUUAGCUCUCAAAAUAUUAGACUCUUAAUUUCCAACGGAACGUUAUUCACAUAGACAUAUAAGAAAUAGACAUGUUAUGUUAUAGUUUAUAUUUAAAAAAAAAUCCUAUGUUAGUUAAGAAAUAUUUAGCCGUGUAACUUCCAGCGCCUAGCUCUAGAUACUGGUGUUAGUGUUACAAGUCAAUAUAAAAACAAAAAUAACAUUGGAUAUUCGUUUAAUCUAAAAAAAUAAAAUCGUUACGUGUAUGUUUGUCUUGUAUGUGUUCUUAAAGCAUUUAUCCGAUUUCGAUAAAACUUGGUGCAGUUGUCAUUAACACUGUCGGGUUUCUGUUGACGUACGACAGGUGACGCGCGAGUACGUUCAAGAAAUCGCUGUUUUUAAUACAAUUGGCGAUAGGACCGGGUUCCACUUAUUAUCUACAAAAACUAUUCAGAAAUUUUUAUUUUUAUUUUUUUAAAGUGCAUACUUAUUUUUAAUUAAAAAAAAGAUAUAUUUUAAACUUGUGAAUCUGUGUAAAAAUUAGAACAGUACGCGAUUGAUGGGUAAUAUAAAUUCAUGAACUUUUUUCGUUGAAAAAAAUAUUACAAUUCUAUAAUUAGGUACUAUUUUCAAUUUUAAUUUUCAUGUUUCAAAUAUGCAGAUGAACCGUUGCUUCAUUCCGAUGAUAAUGCAAUUGAGAGUUAUUAUCUCUUCUAGAGAGUUGUCACAAAGUAAUGUAUUUUUACAUUCCUGUAAUUUUCCAUUUAGAAUACCAUGUUAAGAAGGAAGGAGUUCUUAAAUAUCGAGAAUGCUUCGAUGUAUUUUAAUUCAAAACAAUAACGAAGUUGAGAUUAAUAUUAAAAGAAAA